GUGCCAGCCUGCUCACACCAACCAGAUCCUUCCGGAGAGGGCACGUUUGUCCCUGCUGCUUUUACUCUUGGACAGAAAACUCCAACUUCCUCAGCCUGUGAACACAGACUCCCACCAGUGCUCACCAGGACCUCGAGGUCUCAGCCUCAGACUGGAGCUGAAUCCCCAUCCUUUUGUUCUGUGGCUUCCAGCUUCCUGGAUGGACAGCUACUGAUUUCCCCAGCUCUCAGCCUGCAGACUCCAGUGUGGGACUCUCCAGCCUCUAACAGAAGGUUCGGGAACCCAGGAUGGGCCCCUCAAAACUGCACGUGCUCUUCUGCCUCUCCAGCUGCCUAGUGGUGGUCCAUGCUUUUGACUGGCAUGACCUAGAUCCUGUCGCUUAUAUGCAGUCAUCAGCAUGGAUCCAAGGAAUGCAGUUGCUGCUGCCCACUGGCAGCUUCGGCCAUACAAAAAUCCCCAAGGGAAGCGGGCCUUACUCCGUGGGCUGCACAGACCUGAUGUUUGGUUACACUAACCAGAGUACCUUCUUGCGCUUGUAUUAUCCAUCACAAGACGGAGAUUUCCCUGAUGCCCCGUGGAUCCCAAACAAAGAAUACUUUUUGGGUCUUAGUAAAUUCCUUGGAUUCUCCAAUUUCAUGGGCAAUAUUUUCAACAUCUUAUAUGGUACCUUGACAGUUCCUGCAAAGUGGGAGUCUCCUCUGAGGACUGGUGAAAAAUACCCACUAAUUAUCUUUUCUCAUGGUCUUGGAGCAUUCAGGACAAUAUACGCUGCCAUUGCCAUUGAGCUGGCAUCCAAUGGGUUUGUAGUUGCUGCUGUAGAACACAGAGAUGAAUCUGCCUCUGCUACUUACUACUUCCAGGACCAGGCUGCAGCAGAAUCAGGGAACAGGUCUUGGAUCUACUACAAAUCCAUAAAAAAAGAGUCACACACGCUGCGAAACCAGCAGUUACAGCACCGAAAAAAGGAGUGUUUGCAGGCGCUCAAUGUGCUCCUCGACCUUGAUGAGGGAAAGCCAGCGAAGAAUGUGCUGGAUUCGCAGUUUGACCUCCAGCAGCUGAAGGGCACUUUUGAUAGGAGUAGAAUAGCAAUCAUGGGACAUUCAUUCGGAGGAGCAACAACUAUGCAGAGCCUUAGUGAAGACAACAGGUUCAGGUGUGGCAUUGCCCUGGAUCCGUGGAUGCUUCCGCUGGAUGAGAUCUACUGCACAAUCCCUCAGCCCCUCUUUUUGAUCGACUCUGAAACCUUCCAGAGAGCAGAGGAUCUGGCAGAACAGAGAAAAUUCUACCAGUCUGGGGAAGAAAGAAAAAUGAUUGCCAUCCGGGGUUCAGUCCAUCACAAUUUUGCGGACUUCACUUUUGUCACUGGCAAAAUAAUUGGACGGUUACUAACACUGCAAGGAGAGAUAGACUCCAAGCUGGCUAUGGAGCUCAUCAACAAAGCUUCUUUAGCGUUCUUACAGAAAUAUUUAGAACUUGAUAAAGAUUUUGACCAGUGGGACUCUCUGAUGGACGGAGAUGAUGAGAAUCUUAUUCCAGAGGCCGGAUCGGACACCGUCACCCUAUCCACCACUCUGCAGAGCUCUACGGGAGCAGAGAGAGAGAAUCUUAGUUAAAGGCAUCCUUGAAAAUGGCUCCUUGAAAAACCAUCUCAGAGAGAGAGGGUGCGUGUGCAGACAGACCUCUGCAUUUUCUGAACUCACUCACAUUACACUAAAACGUGGGCUAUGCUGGCAUAUAGGCAAAGGCUUGGGUUAAGAAAUUUUUUCCUUUAAAUGUAAAGAAAGAAUAAAAUAUAAAAAAAUCACACCAACCUAAAUUGUAAUUUUAUGA